GAGAGACUCCAGUAUCACAUAGUCAACUGAGAGACUCCAGUAUCAUAUAGUCAACUGAGAGACUCCAGUAUCAUAUAGUCAACUGAGAGACUAGUAUCAUAUAGUCAACUGAGAGACUCCAGUAUCAUAUAGUCAAGUGAGAGACUCCAGUAUCAUAUAGUCAACUGAGAGACUCUAGUAGUGAACUGUGAGGGUUAAGACAGGAGCAAUAUGGGUGUGUGGGGGCAGUUAACGAUGGUUACACAUGGUCACAGGACUGCAAGUUGGUGCGGUCCUGUAUAUUGAUGCAUUGACAACUGUAUGUGCGGACACUGGCACUAGCGAGGCGCCCCGGGGGUGGCACUCUGGCACACACACACACACACGGCAUUAACCAGGCACUGUGUAGGACCUGCAGCGGCGCCUGUCUGCCUGUCACCGCCUCAAGCUGACAUAUUGUGAUGAGAUCUGUGACGUGACGGCGUCACUCUCAAGGUUAUGUGACGACUUGCCUGCUGUCCAGGCCCUCACUACGUCGUCACCUGACCGUCACCUGACCGUCACCUGACCGUCACCUAAGUCACCUGACCGUUACGAUGUUUUUCGGUAUUGUGUUUCUGAUCACUUUCUUGUCUGUGGUCAUUUGGUAUUUUGUCUAAACUAGUAAAACGCGAAAAUAAGUUUCAGGCGAAAUCCUAAAAAUGCUAAAGACAUUGGCUGGAGGAUAUUGACACUUGACCAAAGAUAUAAAGAGCGACGUGGCGAUGGGUGCCAGUGAAGAUUAGCUAACCUCGGUGCAGACGGCGUCCUACAAGAGACCGCUGGAUCACGCUCGAGACACCCUCAAACCCUCGACCUGAGAGGCUGUGCAUUGUGUCUUAAUUGUGUCCACCAUGACGCGACGACUGAGGGAGCAGCGGGCCAGGGUCGCUGGACACCUGCUGGUGGUGGUGGUGGCCCUUGUGCUGAGGGCAGCGUCCUGUGAGCCCCUGGUGGCCAGGUGUCCACCUGCGGGCGCCCUCGACCAUGCUCACCCGCACUGUGAGUGUAACUUGAAGAUUCAACGUUCUGGGAACACCGUUAAUAUCAAGUGUGACUUCGACAACAUGGAGAACGUGGUGUUGAACAAGGAGCUCUUCUCGUUCCGCAACUUCAGCCUGACCAGCGCUUACGUGAGGAUGGUCAACGCCUCCAGCCUCCUGGUGACGGGGGAGUUCCUGCAGGAGUGGCUGCAGGCGCCCUCUGCCGCCCUCGAUAUCUGGCACGGUGGGAACCUCACCCUGGAGUCCAUGCCCCAGCUCGAUAACCACGAGAAACUCGCCGCCUACAGGACGUUUGUGGGUAUAGGCAUUGUAAGCUGUAACAUCUCUGAGGUUCCGGAAAAGCUUCUCCGAGACAGGACCAGAGGUGGGUUCAGGAUCAAGUCGAGUCGCGUUGGUAUCUUCCGGAAGGGCGCCCUCCACAACAUCAAGCAGAUGAGGUACCUGGUACUGGACGAUACGGUAGUGGAUGUGGUGGAAGGGUCGGUGGCAUCAGAAGGGUUCGUGACCCUGAGUACCAGGACCGUCCACAGUUGGUCAGGUCUCCUGCUCUCUAACGUUACCAUCGCCAGUGUGGGACCUGACGCCUUCAACCUUACUCAUCAGUCAGACAUGGAAGUGGCUUUGCUGGUCAACAGCCAAUUGGGCACUGUGGGCACCGGGGCACUCACCGCCGCGGGGGACAUCACAGUCACCAUCACCGGAAACUACUUCCAGAAACUCCAGAAGCAAGCUUUUAAGGUGGACGUGACGGGCGACGUCAUCUUCGACGAGAACGUCAUCGAGGCGUGGGAGCGUGACGCCCUCGAGGGGCUGGUGUGCCACAACCGCACCUCCCUCGAGAGGAACGUCAUCCAUGUUGCCACUCCUCAGGACCUGGCACUCAACGACACCUCCACCCCCUUCCACACCUCCUGUGGCAACCCACAGAUCUUCCUGGUGAUUAACAUACAGCAUCCCCUGGAGCUGCGAGUGACGACCAGUGCCACCUGGGUGCUGGUGGCACUGCUGGCCCUCCUGGUGCUGGCCAGCGUCGCCCUCUACACCUACAGGGCCCAAGAUGGUCUCACCCGCUACUAUGGACUGGGAAGGUUCCCUAUCCUGCUUAACGGCAGGAAGGCUUCCCAGGAGAACCUUCCUAGCAAUGCUGAGAUCAACGAGCCUGCUGAGGAUGCUGAGGCUGCUGAGGGCAUGGCCAAUCCCAUGUAUAGUGAGGCUGCUGCCUCCCCCAGCACCGAUCCCAGCUAACAGACACCGCCUAGCUAUACUAUCUUUCCAUCACAGACUUCUAAUCACAAAGAAAGUAUUCUAAAUCAAAAUAUACUAACGUGUACAUAGACAAGAUCUAAGACAAUUGUAAACCCAAGUAACAGUAGAGUUUACUUUUGAACCUCAGACACUAUGCCAAAAGCUCUCCGGACUUUGUUAAAUUUACGGACACAUUUUUGUUUUUCUAAGUAAAAUUAACAUUCAAUUUAUAAUUGGUCACAGUUUUCUCUAUUGGGGUCUUAAAUGAUGUUGAAACCGGAUGCCUAAAUAGUAAUAAUAUGUAAAUUAGCUAAACUAGGAAGCCUAACCAUUCUAGGAACCUAACUAGGAAGCCUAACCAUUCUAGGAACCUAACUAGGAAGCCUAACCAUUCUAGGAACCUAACUAGGAAGCCUAACCAUUCUAGGAACCUAACUAGGAAGCCUAACCAUUCUAGGAACCUAACUAGGAAGCCUAACCAUUCUUGGAACCUAACUAGGAAGCCUAACCAUUCUUGGAACCUAACUAGGAAGCCUAACCAUUCUUGGAACCUAACUAGGAAGCCUAACCAUUCUAGGAACCUAACUAGGAAGCCUAACCAUUCUAGGAACCUAACUAGGAAGCCUAACCAUUCUUGGAACCUAACUAGGAAGCCUAACCAUUCUUGGAACCUAACUAGGAAGCCUAACCAUUCUUGGAACCUAACUAGGAAGCCUAACCAUUCUUGGAACCUAACUAGGAAGCCUAACCAUUCUAGGAACCUAACUAGGAAGCCUAACCAUUCUAGGAAACCAACUAGGAAGCCUAACCAUUCUAGGAACCCAACUAGGAGGCCUAACCAUUCAUAUGGAACAAUGAGCAGAAAUAUUAGCCUCGUUUAGCAAACCCGUAAGAUGUCAAUAUUUGUAAAAAGUUGUUCCAUCAGUCUACAAAAUGUUUUCUCAGCAUUACGCUCAACAACGUUAUUUCUCACCAAGGAAUCAUUAUACAAAACGAAAAAAAAUUGAAAAUUAAAAAUUGUCUCGUUGCCAUUGGUUGCCUGACAACAAGACUCUUGCGCGCGCCACAUUUAUAUACAAGUUCCCUGUGCCUCAUCAGUUUGAAAUCAAUUAUUGUAUAUUGUAAAGAUGUAUGCUGCAUGUAUUUGCAUGUAAAUAAAAUCCCCCUGGGAACACAGUACAAUAUUCA